UGAUUUUUGUUGCAAAGUUCUCUUAAAAAUAAUUUUCCCGUUAAAUGCAACAAAAUCAUCAUCCUAAUCAGACAUUUUUCAACAUUUUCACAUUUAUUUAUUAAUUCCAAAACACAUAAUUAGCUAUACUAUCACUUAUUUGUUGUGUGUUGUGUGGUUGUCCCUUUAAAAUUUAAAUAGCCGGAGUUUAAAAUUUAAAUAGCCGGAGUUUAUUGAGGCCCCGCCUGACAUUUAUAACUAGUGACAGUUUGAUUAGUGCAUCGAUAACGUCAGAUGCCAAACGAUGUCCGUCAUAUAUUCACCUACGACGUGGGCCAAGCAACGGCGUAAUGAGUUUAGGGCCGGUCAGUUAUCCCAGCAGCAAUCCAUCUGCCUGUCGAACACAACUGGAGUCGACAUGGACGAAGCCGAGAAAAAGAUCGUCAACGAGUUCUGCCACUAUCUCGAGAAAUCCAAGCAACUCUUUAAUGGAUUGAGAGAUCUUCCUCAAUAUGGCCACAAACAAUGGCAGUCAUAUUUUGGCAGGACUUUUGAUGUUUACACAAAACUGUGGAAAUUUCAACAGCAAAAUAGGCAAAUUUUGGAUUCAAAGUAUGGCCUGAAGAGAUGGCAAAUAGGAGAGGUAGCUUCCAAAAUUGGACAGCUAUACUACCACUACUACCUAAGAACCAGCGAAACGAAUUAUUUGAACGAGUCGUAUGCUUUCUAUUCGGCCAUCAGGAUGAGAGGUUACUAUUCAAAGGCCAACAAGGAGGAGAGGCCAGACUUAACGGUAAAGAAAUUACGGUACUAUGCUCGCUUUAUUGUCGUCUGCCUGCUACUAAAAAAGAUGGGACUCGUUAGAGAUCUCGUUAGGGAACUAGCCAAGCAGAUAGAUGACUACACUGCCACCUAUGGACCAGAUGAUCAGCUUGAAUGGUCACUAGUUCUUGGUGAGAUUAGAGCUUUCGUUGAGGCCGACAAGAUGGUGAACGUGUACGACGACGACAAAACGCCCCUUGUACUCUCUCACAGACUGACUCCCCAUAACAUUCCACCAUUCGAGAGAAACUCGUCGUCGGCACCGCCGCUCCUCAGUCUUCAAGAGAUUCUCAUUAUUGGUAACUGCCACGAGCAGGUAAAGUUCAGUGAGUUGACAUUGGAUAUGUUCCGGAUCCUGCAGACACUGGAGAGGGAGCCCCAGGAGGAGACACCCAACCAGCUCUUCGACACGUCACCUGCUCCCGGCAAGACACCUUUCGUUAACACACACGCAUUUCAGGACACAUCAGGCCUAAUAAAACGAGAAAACCCACACAAGUACCUGCUGUACAAACCCACCAUCAGCCAACUCCUCACCUUCCUGGCAUCCGGCUUCAAGGAACUGCCUGGCAAUGGUGUCAUGCUGCUCUACCUCUCUGCUGAUGGCUGCUUUGGCUCCAAUCGAAGAUACAACAACAUCAUUAUGACAUCAUCACGACACCAUCACAUCAUCAUAUCUAGCUUGCAUCCAGGUGACUUGUACAUGUUCACUAGAAAACCACUUUUUCUCAUCGUAGACAGCAACAAUAUUCAUUCAUUUCAUUUGUUAUUUUGGCCCAACUUAUUUGGGCAGCCACUUGUUUGCUUGCUGUCACCUGAAGAGGUUCCGACCACAUUUGAAGCAGAUCAGCAUCAGAAGGGCAACAUAUUAACACUGUUUCUACACAGUCCCCUGACGGCAUUCUGUUACGUCUGCAAUAUAAGCGAAGUACCUGUUAGACUCUGGGAUGCGUGCCAGUCUCAGGUUGACAAGUUCAUAUCAGAUGCUAGCAAGUGUUUCACAAGGUCCAAUCACAUCGACAUGUUCUUCAUGUACUUCUUCGGAGAUGACUUCCUGAGAACAUUGCUACUGAGGCACGUCUUCUGUUACCUAGUGCUUGCCAUGCACAAGAUGUUCAGAUCGGUCAAGUACUUGCCCAGUUCCUACCCCAGCUUACCAAAGGAGGACGUCAUAGAGAACAUCCAACUGGUCAGGUGCGUGAGGGAGAUUGCUGCCAUCCUCAACAUCGGGCACCUCUUCCUGGAUGAACUGGACACCAGCAUGGUCAACAACAACAACAAUAACAACAACAACAAUAAUAACAAUAAUAAUAAUGCCAAUUGA